UCAAGCAUGGGUUUGAAAAAUCUGUUCAACCGGGAGAAGGACGCAAUAUCCUCCGGCGGGGCGUCGCGAUCGAUGUCACUGUCGGUGCGGUCGCGCGUGCGGAUUGGGGGAGAGCUGGAGCAGGUGUUCAAGAAGUUCGACGUGAAUGGAGACGGAAAGAUAUCGGCGUCGGAGCUGGGGUCGAUGAUGAGGAGCCUGGGACAGGCAGCGACGGAGCAGGAGGUGGACAACAUGAUCCGGGAGGUGGACGGGGACGGUGACGGGUGCAUCAACCUGCACGAGUUCAUCGAGCUGAACACCAAGGGCGUGGACUCCGACGAGGUGAUGGAGAACUUGAAGGAUGCGUUCUCCGUGUUCGACAUGGACGGGAACGGGUUUAUCACAGCGGAGGAGCUGAACACGGUGAUGCAGAGCCUGGGGGAGGAGUGCUCCCUGGCGGAGUGCCGGAGGAUGAUCGGCGGCGUGGACAGAGACGGCGACGGCACCAUCGACUUCGAGGAGUUCAGGACGAUGAUGAUGAUGGGGUCGCGUCAUGACACUACUGAUAGAGUUAAACCACCUCCAGAAACGUAUUAAUUACUCUUUCUAUUCCUCUCCUCCAAACUGUACAAAAACCUAUCAAUUAAAUAUAUUGUAUGUAAAUUCCUUC